AUGCAGCCGCUUAGUCAUUCGCACAGGAACCAGUUUCCCAUACCUUUCUUUGGUUUGACCGUUGUGCUACUAGUCACCUUGGCUUCUCCCACCAGCUCUUGCACGGAGCAGGAGAAGAGCUCCCUUAUCCAGCUCCUUGAUGGGCUCUCGCAAGACGGCGGCCUCAUGGUGUCAUGGCGGAACGACACAGACUGCUGCAGGUGGGAAGGGAUCACCUGCAGCCCCAAUAGGACGGUCACUGAUGUUGAGCUGGCUUCUCGAGGUCUCGAGGGGUCCAUCUCGCCGUUCCUUGGCAACCUCACUGGCCUGUUACGUCUCAACCUGUCGCGCAACUCGCUGUCUGGUAGCUUGCCACUGGAAUUGGUGUCAUCCAGCAGCAUCAUUGUCCUUGACGUCAGUUUCAACCGCCUGACUGGAGCUCUGCACGAACUGUCAUCUUCAACCCCUGCCCGGCCUCUGCAGGUACUGAAUAUCUCGAGCAACUUACUUGCAGGACCAUUUCCAUCCACCAUAUGGAAGACAAUGGAUAACCUGAUAACACUCAAUGCCAGCAAUAACAGCUUUACUGGGGGGAUACCAACUUAUUUCUGCAAUAACUCACCAUCCUUCACGGUGCUUGACCUCUGUUUCAACAAAUUUAGUGGCAGCAUUCCCCCAGGGCUUGGUGAAUGCUCCAUGCUGAGAGUGAUCAAGGCCGGCUACAACAAUCUCAGUGGAACACUCCCAGAUGAACUCUUCAAUGCAACCUCAUUGGAAUACCUCUCUUUUCCUAACAAUAAUUUACACGGUGUUAUUGAUAGUGCACGCAUAAUCAGCCUCAUAAAUCUCCGUACCCUUGAUCUUGGAUGGAAUAACUUCAAUGGCAGGAUUCCAGAUUCUAUAGGUCAGCUCAAGAGAUUGGAGGAGUUCCAUUUGCACUACAACAACCUGUCAGGGGAACUGCCAUCGACUCUGAGCAACUGCACAAAUCUUGUAAGAAUUGGCCUCAGGAGCAACAAAUUCAGUGGAGAACUUAUCAAUGUCAAUUUCUCCAACCUGCCCAAUCUAAAAACUUUAGAUCUUUGGUCCAACUUCUUCACUGGUACAGUUCCAGAAAGCAUGUACUCGUGCAGUAAUCUGACUGCGCUGCGGCUAUCUAGAAACAACUUACACGGGCAGCUCUCAUCGAGAAUAGGCAAUCUGAAGUAUCUGUCCUUCUUGUCACUUGGUGGAAACAAUUUCACAAACAUCACAAAUGCACUUCAGAUCCUUAAGAGCAGCAAGAAUCUUAGCAGCCUGCUUAUUGCGCACAACUUCAGAGGAGAGCUCAUGCCACAGGAUGACAGAAUUGAUGGCUUUGAGAAUCUUCAGGUUUUGGAUAUGGAUGGUUGCCAAUUAUCUGGAAAAAUACCUCUAUGGAUAUCAAGGGUAACAAAUUUGGAGGUGUUAAUUUUAAGAAGCAAUCAACUAACCGGACCAAUGCCAGGCUGGAUCAAUUCCCUAAACCAUCUCUCCUAUAUAGAUGUGUCAAACAACAACCUUAAAGGAGAAAUCCCAUUAGCCUUGACGGAGAUGCCAAUGCUAAAAUCAACUGACAACUCAAAUCAUUUGGAUCCAUGGGUCUUCAACCUGCCUGUUUAUUCUGGGCCGACGCUUCAAUACCGUGUGUUUACAUCUUUCCCAAAAGCAUUGAAUCUAAGCAACAACAACUUCACAGGUGUGAUUCCCGCACUGAUUGGCCAGUUGAAAAAGCUUGGUGUACUUGAUUUCAGCUUCAACAAGUUAUCAGGACAGAUACCCCAGUCGAUUUGCAACCUCACAAAGUUGCGGGUGCUAGACUUAUCCAGCAACAACCUCAUAGGUGCAAUCCCAGCUGCAUUGAACAGCCUGCACUUCCUUGCUGCAUUUAACAUUUCUGACAAUGAUCUAGAAGGUCCUAUUCCAUCUGGAGGCCAGUUCAACACAUUUGAGACUUCUAGUUUUGAUGGGAAUACAAAACUCUGCGGAUCUAUGCUCAUCCACAAAUGUGGUUCAGUGGAGGCACCUCCGGCCACUAUUCUGUCAACAAAACAAACUGAUUACAAGGUGGCCUUCGCAAUUGCCUUUAGUGCGUUCUUAGGUGUAGGGGUGCUGUAUGAUCAGAUAGUCCUAUCGAGGUAUUUUGGCUAG